GACACACACCACCACACCAGCACCAAACAACUGCCAGCAAAAUGAAGAUUCAGAAUUUGCUUAGAUGGAUUGGUCUCACCCUUCCCAUUUACAUCGCCCUCGCCAACCAGAACCAAUCCCAUGCAACACAAACGCAACCCAUUUUAGAUGACCUCACAAUUGUCAGUUUCAUCAAAAAAACCCUCCUUUGGAAAAGUCAUCUGAUAAAAUUCCAGGGCAACAGGCUGCAGCUAUCAGCCCCCACUGUGCUAGCAGGAGUGUUCUGCUUCAUGGCUUCCUCCAUAUCCAGUGCGGGAGGUGUUGGUGGGGGAGGGUUGUAUAUACCCAUUCUGACAAUCAUGGCAGGUUUAGACCUCAAAACUGCCUCAACUUUCUCGGCUUUUAUGGUGGCAGGAGGGUCAACUGCAAAUGUUGUAUACAAUUUGCGUACCACGAGUUCCAAGUUUGGGGGUAAGACUUUGAUUGACUAUGAUGUAGCACUUUUGUCAGAGCCCUGCAUGUUACUAGGAGUAAGUGUUGGAGUAGUUUGCAACCUUGUCUUCCCAGAAUGGUUGAUCACCAUCCUGUUUGCCGUUUUUCUUGCUUGGUCUACCUUUAAGACAUGUAGAAACGGGGUCGGGCACUGGAAAAUGGAAUCAGAACAUCAGGAAACUAGAAAUAGGUGUGAAAAACUGGAAAAUGGAACUUGUGGAGAAAGUGGAGAGAUUAAUGGUCUAGAAGAACCUCUGGUGAGUACAGAAGGAAAAGCAAAAUCGAGGUUUCCAUGGAAGAAAUUGGUGGUCUUAGUUAUGGUCUGGUUUUCCUUCUUUGUCAUCUAUCUCGUUCGUGGCAAUCGCUAUGGGCAGGGUGUCAUGCCAAUGAAGCCUUGUGGAGUAGGAUAUUGGACUCUCUCAUUGUUUCAAAUUCCUCUCGCCAUAGCUUUUACUGCAUGGAUUCUUAAUAGAAAAGAGGUCAUCACAUGCCAAGGUCAAAAUAAGCAGCGGGUUAACAAGUUUAUUUUCCCUUUUAUGGCUCUACUGGCGGGAGGCUUGGGUGGAGUUUUCGGAAUUGGAGGUGGAAUGCUUAUAAGCCCACUUCUUCUUCAUGUUGGGGUAGCCCCUGAGGUAACAGCAGCUACUUGUUCUUUCAUGGUUUUCUUCUCGUCUACCAUGUCUGCGUUCCAGUACUUGUUGCUGGGCAUGGAGCAAACCGGUACUGCCCUUAUAUUCUCCAUCAUUUGUUUCGUGGCAUCGCUUCUCGGAUUGGUGGUGGUGCAGAAAGCCAUACGAGAGUUGGGAAGGGCAUCCCUUAUCGUAUUCUCAGUUGGUAUAGUGAUGGCUCUGAGUGCCAUUCUGAUGACUAGCUUUGGAGCUCUUAAUGUUUGGGAGGACUACAUCUCCGGGAGUUACAUGGGAUUCAAACAACCUUGUUGAAAAUCAAUUUUAACUGCGUUUCUUUUUGAGCUUUGGAAUUAAGACGGAGGGAUUAAAUACUACUUGGUUAUGCUUAAUGUAUUAACUAAACCAUCACACUUACCUUGUAUGGCAAACUGGUCUUGUCCGAUUUUGCUCAGGGCCCAAAGUAGGGCAAACU